UUUUCAAUACUUAUUUAUAUAAGCUGUUGACAUCAGCAUGUGUUAACAACGUAGAUAAAAGAACAUUCGUUUUCUUUUCUUAAAAUUUCAGCCACCGUAUCCGCGGAACGAUAUGUCAAAAUUUCCCCAGCUCUACUUGCCGAGGCUAAACUAACUGGUUCAUCAACGUUCGAAGACCGAGGUCAAGAUUACAGAAAAAGCAACGUUUUCGUUCCGAGUGACACAUAUGACGAUCCAGAUCAAUGUAACUGUUGUUAUGUUUCCGAUAUGGAACUAUUGCCAUGGCUUCAGAUUGAGCUUCCAUACCGGACACAUGUUGAGUAUAUUGAAAUCAUUGGGCGAACGGAUUAUUUUAAAAGAUGGGCUCAUGGUCAUUAUGGGUUGGCGCUUGUCAUAUUACAGUAUUUGAAUGUAAUAACUGAUGAUGAAGACUCUCUACAGCAAUACAAUGUUUCUACAAACACUGUGACGGUUUACCCUCUCACACCGACAAUCAAGAAAGUUAACAUUACAAGACCAUAUAAUCAAGAAGUAGAAAAAUUAAAACGAUAUAACUUCCAAAACACAGAAGAAAAGUGGCAACUUUAUAUAUGCGAAGUAAACUUCUAUGUGCAAGAGGAAGAUGCUUUGGAAUGUCCUGCAGGCAAAGAUUACAUGGAUCUUCCGUGGGACCGUGGAGCCAAAGGACUAUUUACACGACGAUCUUGUCCCGAUGGAUAUACUGGUGAAGCUAAGAGAUACUGUGAUGAAGAAGGCACGUAUUUGGAUCCUGUUUACAACUGUACAAGUUCUAUUGUUGCAGAUAUCUACGAAAAGGUACUCGAUGACAGUGUAAAAGUCGAGCCGAUAACUGUUCUAGAAACUCUAGCGAAUGUGACAUCUUCCGAAAAUGAGAAGAACGGAUCGAUUUUAUUAGGGGAUAUGAAUGCUAUCAUUAAAAUUAUGAAUGUUAUUGCCGAUACUAGUGAACAGAAAAAGUCUGAUGCUGAAAUAAGAGCUGUAACAGAUUUCUUCAUGGAAACGACGAGCAAUAUAAUUGGGGAAAGCACAACAACUACAUGGAGAACAAUGAUUUAUGAGACCGGAAUUGGCGCCGAUGCAAUGCUUAACAAUGUUGAUCGGUUUUUGGAGAACGCAUUAACUGAAAGAGACACUGUUGAAGUUGUGAAACCUAAUUUGUAUAUCAAGAGAGAACCGAUUACUGUAUGUGAGAAUGGGACUAAUUUUCCGAGCCGACGCAAUGAAAAAUCGCCUGACUGGAUAGAACAGACGCGUAGUAACAUUUUCCUCGGCUGCGACAAUGAAAGAAAUACCAGCUCAUUUAGCGGAGUUAUAUACAGAAAUGUUUCACAGAUUCUUCCGUCAACAACCGGCCCUGAAAGGGAUUUACAACAGCAGUUAAAUUCGCCAGUAAUGUCUUUCACUUACUAUCCAAAAGUAGUGGGUAAAAUGAGACAUCCGGUGGAGAUAACUCUUCAGACGUUUAAUAAUGCUCUCGAGAACCCAGUUUGUACGUUCUGGGAAAAGGGAAAAGGAGCGCAAGGGUACUGGUCGAGGAAGGGUUGUUGGCUACAUAAAUACAACAGACAGGAUAACAUCGUCGUAUGUAAAUGUGAUCAUCUCACAAAUUUUGCAGUGCUGAUGAGCCUUUCACCGUACACAGCAACUGAGCACCAGCUAGCUUUGAACAUCAUAACCAAAACAGGUCUGAUUACCUCGUUGGUUUUCCUUCUUCUGGCAAAUGGUGUCUACUGUGUCUUCUGGAGAUACGUUAAAUCUGUCCAAUCGAUCAUCAAACUGAACUUGUCGUGCAUGUUGUUUUUGGCGAAUCUGUUGUUUUUAACGGGGGUUGACAGGACUGGCAACAAGAUUGUUUGUACUGCAAUAGCAGGUCUACUUCAUCUCCUGUAUCUCUCUGUGUUUGCCAUCAUGUUUGCACUAGGUCUUGAUAUGGCGUACAUUAUGGUGAAACCUACCCAUACACAGAGCCCUGGAUUGCGCCUUCUGUUUGUUUUUUACGGUUCGGCCAUCCUUAUUGUUGCAGUCACUAUGGGAGCUGUUCAGCUUGAGGGCUAUGGAAAUGAAAAAUUUUGCUGGCUUUCAGUAGAAACCGGGCUUAUCUGGACCUUCCUCAUCCCUGUUCUGGUGAUCAUUUUGAUAAACCUCAUCAUUGUGGCGGUAGUCAUAAAAAUUAUGUGCGGAACAGCAUACAUGUCAAGGAAAACGAGCAUAGAAAAGGUUAAAUCUGGUGUGCGAGGUAUCAUAGUCCUGAUGCCGCUGAUGGGACUUACAUGGUUGUUUGGGAUAUUCUCGACCAACGAGGAAACAGUGGUCUUCCAGUACCUCUUUGCAGUCUUCAAUAGUUUGCAGGGACUUUUCAUCUUUAUCUUCCACUGUGUCAUGAACAAAAAGAUAAGAGUUGCCUGCGAAAAGAUGCGGAUCAGAUGGCUUUCGUCAGAAUCGAGAAGCACUACAAUUGAGCUAAGAAGUUAAAUACGAUAGGUACAUUAUAACUAGUACUGAGUGUCCCGCCGUGAGAAGAUCUAGUUCGUCACGAACUCUAUAUUAUGAGUCUUGUGAACGACACGAUUGCGCAACUGAGCAAUAGAGAAAUACUAUUGAUUUAAGAUAGCUCUAUAACUUUAUUUAAAGUGUUGUCUAUUUUAACCUGUUUUCAUAGUUACAGUAAACUGAUACCUUAUAUGUCAAAUUUAUCAUAUAAACAUUAUUUACACUUUUUGUAUAUUUUGUAUUGUCUGUAGUGACGUAUAAGUCGAACUAUUAUAUAGGGUAUUUUAAUUUGUAUGUUGUCCAUGCAUUCUACAGUUAUUGUACUUUCUUACAGCCUUUUCAUGUCCUUUGUACAAGUUAUGUAUAUAACAAUAUUACUAUUAACAAUUUAUAUUGACGACAUUUAUAUGUACUGUAUUGUCAUGGUUUAGAUGAAAUACUAGCUAAGGAAAAGACAUUGUCCGUUGCUAAUUUUUGCCUAAUUUUACAAUAUGCUUCCGACAAAGCAAUUUUAAAUUUUAAUGAUUAAAUAUACCGCCUGCAUGUAUCUCUGGAAUUAGAUUGAAUAAGAAUAAAUACAUAAUCUAUAUAAAUCUGGUAUAAUAACCAGCAAACAUAUGUGUAUGUAGGUGUUUCCAAUCAAAUUAACUUGAUAUAAAAUAUAGUAUUAAUAUGUUUGACACGUUAAAUGAUUCCAAAUAAUGUCUUUAGAUAGCUUAAAUUGUGCGGAUUUCUGGAAUCACGGGCAGAUAUCUCAAAAAUAAGCAAACGGACCUAUACAUUUUAUUUUUAUCACAUUAUAAUCAUAUGUAAAUUUACGACUGUGUGAAGUUUUAUCUAAAUCUUCAUAGUAAAAAAACAUCUGUUCGCGAUAAUGAUUACAAAAUUGUGAUGUACCAGUAGUCUCCCAUUAUAAAAACUUGUGUGAGGUCCAAACUUUUCAAAUCAGUCAAGCAAAGAGUGAAGCACACGACCCUUUCUUUUUUAUUUGCCGAAUUUUCUAAGCCUUAUAUUAUUUUAUAAGUUUUGAAAAAUUAGGGGUUUCAUCAAUUUCUCCAUUGUAGAAAAUGUUUUGAUCCGAACUUGCCGAAUGACCUUAAUAAAAUUAAAAGCAGUAAAUUCAAUUAAACCACUGAAAAUGCUGUAAUUCCACAUUCGGACAACAUUUACUUAUUUCUUCGCUAUUCUGAAACAAGAUGAAGAACGCAAUAAAUUACGUCAACUAGAGGCUGUCAGAUGCGACGUAGUUAAAAAAUGGUUACAACAGUAGGUGAUCAACGUAUUUUCUAUUUCGAAACGAUCUUUGUCAAGCACUUGGUAUAACCGUAUUUUCCGGGCAAUAGGUAUCAGUGGGAGGUGGGGUGGGGGAGUUGGGUGGUGGGUUUUGCACGAACUGUAUUUGCUGAUUUUUAGGUAAAAACAAAGUUAUCUGUUGCUUAAAAUGGCUACAUACCAGCGGACAUAUUUUCAGUUGUUUGUUUGUACUACAUUUUCGUUCAAACGGCAGCGCUCAAAGGGUAGCCAAAGAAAUCACCUUCAGUCGGUUUUUCGUUUUACAUAUUUAUCUUAAUUUGUAAAGAUGUUACCGAAGUACGUGUCAGAUAAAAUUGACGAAAAAACUUAACCAUGUGUGAAAAUUAGAUAUUUCUUUAACAAACGAACAAUUUAAGGGAUAUGUGUAAGUGUAGUCGAGUAUAAAGCAAUAAAGUAUAAUUAAAAACAUUACAUGCUACUUCAAAAAGCAGCCCUAGCAAAAAUAUUCAUUUUAAGUUUAAUACACGGCGUUUUGCUGUAUGAAUGUUUUACAAGAUUUCGAUUAGGCUUAAUGUAGGUUCUAGUUUGUUAAAAAAAAAUCAAUUAUACAAUAUAUUAGCCUAGGUUAUGUGACAUGUUAAAUGUUUACUUUAUAUGGCGUCCAAUUGGUCGUUAUCAUUUUAAUAUCCAUAAAAAAUAAACAAUAAACACACUUGCUACUGAAAAGAGUUCUUUGGUGUGUCAAACGAGAAACAAAAUAUCACCAUACUGAACUGAAGAUAACAGUUUUCUAACACAAGAAGAAGCAAAUAACAGCUUCCGCUUGGUAUAUUGUUCCUUUUGGCACUCGACAGAUUUAUUAUUAUUUACCACAGGAAAUGCUAUUUCUAUUUUUUUUUGGACAUCUUUAAAAUUAAUCUUGUCACGUUUUAUAUUUUAUUAUGCAUGUAGAACAGUGUGUUAUAAUGUCAAUAUGUCGUAUGUUUGUUUCAUUUUAUUCUUAAUUAUUCAUAUUUGUAAUUGUGAUGAAAUGUUGAAAUAUGAGUUAAAGACUAUAUUUGACGGUUAUAUUAUCCAUGUCAUUUUGUGCGGUAUGAUCAGCAUAUAGAUGUUUUAAGGAGAUGUAUAGUUUUUCAGUUCCAAGUACUUUAAAAAUCUCUUGUAAUUCUUUUAGAAUGGCCAUUUACAUGUUCUUAUUUAUGUAUUAUAUACUGUUAUAUCUUAUGUUUUGUAAAUAGAUGAUGCUAUAGUAAAAUAAUAAAUAAGUCUAUAGAACUGAAGAUAACACGGUUUCUAACACCAGAUGCAGUAUAUUUUUUCCUAAGCAAGACACUCGAAAGAUACAUUAAUAUUUACCACAGGCAAUGUUAUUUCUAUAUAUUUGGGUAUCUUUAAAUUUAGUAUUAACACGUUUUACAAUUUAUUAUCCAUGUAGUAUUGUGCGUUAUAAUGUCAAUUUGCCGUAUUUUUGUUUCAUUUUAUUCUUAAUUAUUCAGAUUUGUUAUUAUGACGAAAUGUUAAAAUGUGAGUUAAAAGAUUAUAUUUGAUUGUUUUAUUAUCUACAUGUAUGUCAUGUUUUCUGGUAUGAUAUCCAUUUUUACCUCACCUGAGCACAAGGUGCUCAUGGUGAGCUUUUGUGAUCAAGCUGUGUCCGUCGUGCGUGCGUGCAUCCGUCUCUCCGUCUGUCCGUAGUAAACGACAUCUCCUCUAAAAACAUUCAAUGAAUUUUGAUUAAACUUUGCGUGAAUGUUUCUUGGAUGGUCCUCUCUCAAAGAUGUUAAAACGUUCCCCCUUGGUUGCACAUGAGGACCACCAGAGCAGAAAAUAGAAAAAUCUUCAAACGACAUCUCCUAAACCGAUGGUCCAUUUUGAAAUCUUUUAACACAAAUGGUCCUUAUGUCACCUAAUAACAAGACUGUUCAAAUUAUACCGAUUCGUCAAAUAACAUGGCCGCCGGGGGUGGGGGGGCAUGUGCCAUUUAUAAUAUUAUAUAGCCUAAAUUAGAAGAAACCUUACUCUGAACGUGUACCAUUACGUUAUACAAACAUACUCAAAGCCUUGUACAUAGGUGAGCGCUUUAGGAUCAAUUACCUUCUUGUUUGUUUCUUUAAAUAAAUUACUUAAAUGUAAUCAUGAUUGAACGUUAAAAUGUUCUUUAAUCUUUUAAUUUUCAGUUUAUUUAGUGGCAUCAUGCCAAUACUUUUAUUGUUCUUAAAAUUCAUAUUUAGUGUAUCAAUACUUUUAUUGUCCAUUUUCCUUUCAUAAUGUGCAUCAUGCCAAUACUUUUAUUGUUCUUAAAAUUCGUAUUUAGUGUAUCAGUACUUUUAUUGUCCAUUUUCCUUUCAUAAUGUGAGCAUUUAAAAGUAAAGGACGUACGGUGUA